AUAAUGGUAAAACUUAUCUUGACAUAAACCAGUAUGGUAUCAUCUACUUUUGAGCACGGUGAACAUUUACAGUAAAAUUAAGGUGCGCGAUUAUUAUAUGAAUGACAAUUGUGUAAUAUUUACUAAGCUGCAGGAUUAGGAGUACCAAAAUCUGCAUAAGGUGACAUAAUGCUCUACUGCUUAGUUGUAGUUGUAAUGCUGUUUUGUGGAGCAUUUUACAUGUUUCAACGAAGAAUCAGCUUGAAAGGGAACAUCAUCCCGGGACCAAAAGGACUUCCAGUUAUUGGCUUUGCACUAGAAAUAAACGAAGCAAAUUUAUGCUCGAAACUAACAGAGUAUGCGGAGACGUUUGGGGACAUUUUUCAGUUUAGAAUAUUUUCAGACAACCUUAUUGUGUUGAACAGUCCUGCAACCAUACAUAAAGCGUUUGUGGACGAAAAAUUUAAGCGACACUUUAACGACCGUCCUAAGAUGUUCUACGGUGAAUAUUUUCGUUGUCAUCACCAAACAAUAGGAUCUGUACCAGAGGGUUUUGGAAUGUUUCACAAAACAUCAAGAAAGCAUUUUGUAAAAGCAGUACAUGCAUAUGGCAGUGGCCUGAUGGACCUGGAGAAAAAUGUUAUGUCUGAAAUGGAUCUCCUAGCUAAUAGGAUAGAAGAAAUGCCAGACAUGACGUUUCAAUGUAUGGAUGUUUUCAGUCGGUCUUUCUCAAACGUUAUUUCUUUAUUAUUUAGUGGAGAACUUAUACACGAUGAUGAACCAGACAGAGACAUUUUCUUGCAACAUACAGAAGGGUCUAUAUUCUUCUUAAACUCGGCAGUAAACUCCGUUAUGACAUCACUUCCAUUUCUACGAUUUCUUCCAGGGAAAUUUAGAGAAAUGUACAUGAAAACUGAAACUGCAAAUGACAGAAUUAAACAAAAAUACUUCCAUGAUAUGAAGAACACCUAUGUUCCUGGCAAACACCGAGGAAUCGUUGAUUUCUAUAUUGAAGAACAGAGUAAAGAGCGUGAGAGUGGCAGUGACGUUUUCUUCACUGAUGAAAGAAUCAUGGUGCAGAUUGAAGAAAUUGUAGAUGCAGGAAUCACUACUUCAAGUAUAUUUCUUUCUAAUUCGAUACUGGUGUUAAUGAACUAUCCAGAGAUUCAAAACAAGAUACAAGCAGAAAUCGACACGGUUAUUGGAAAGGAACGGCAUCCUACCUACUCGGAUAGGAACAAUUGUCACUAUCUUCAGGCGUUUGAGAUGGAGAUACAUAGGUAUCUUACCAUAACCCCAUUCUUACUUCCACAUCUCUGUCAAGACCAUAUAGAGUUUUUGGGAUAUGACAUUGAACCCAACAGCCUGAUCCUGGCAAAUGUAUGGUAUGUUCAUCAUGACAAAGGGGUUUGGGGAGACCCUUGGACUUUCAGACCAGAAAGAUUCCUGAAUGAUGAAGGACAGCUCUUACCAAGAGAACAUAAACUGCGCAAAAGUCUCUUGCCAUUCGGGUGCGGACAACGUCAGUGCACAGGGGAAACACUUGCCAAAACGCGCAUCUUUCUGUACUUGGCAACCUUGUUGCAGCGCUGGUCCUUUGAAUUUCCAAAAGGCAGUGAGAUGAGUUGUGAUCCAAGAACACCUGGUUCUUUCGACAUGGUAGGCAUAAUUAAGCCAAUGCCAUUUUCCUGUAAGGCUAAAGAGCGCUACAAACAGUAGAAAGACGGGGGUAGAGAUGUGAAAAAAUGGAACUAGUAUAUGAAAUAUAAUACCUGUUAUUACUCAAGAGAACUGUACUUGUGAUUUGUUUUGUUUUGUUUUAUUCAUUUUUAUUUGUUUACGCUGCGCUGCGUAGUUAUGGCUGUUUCCAGCCAAACUAAUCAAUCGUAGGCCCAGCGAAUUUGAAUUUUGAGACCUGUUAUCAAAUACAGGUCGAUGCCUGAAUAUGUUCCAGAAUGUGAUAGAUAUUUAGCUGAUGAAAUUAAGGCCCAGAUGUUAGUUUAGAACAUGUCUGAGUAUUCAAUGGUAGAGGUGUUUUUAUUUGUUUUUGUAAUGUCUGAUUUUAUUUGCUGAAGUUUUGUCUAAAUUGCAAAAAGUUAUAUAAAAUUGUAAUAAUUUCAUAGAUUUUGUUUAAUAAAAUCAUCUAGGAGGAGUCCCGCGGUUACCUUCCUGACUUACACAUAAGCCACACAAGAAAAGACUGCCACUGCCUAUGGACUAAGUCUAUGCGCUACUACUUUAUUUAUUAACUUUAAAAACCUUUAAAAUGUAUUAAAACGUUAAAAAACACCUGUAUAAAAACAUUCUAUUUACGUCCGAUACACUUCCAUACACGUAUUUAUUUUUAGAUUACACGCCACGCCUAUAUGUCAUAUCGAUAAUUAUGUUACUCCAUGUACUUUACUAUUCGCAUUAUGGUUAACAAUUUCGCUUUACUGUAUGUUUUUAAAUUGAUGGCAUUUUUUUAUUAAUAAAGAUUUUUCUAUUCUGUUUUUUGCCUUUUCUAGCAGAAAGUCCAAAUUUAAUGUUCGCAUUAGUUUCAAUGUCUUUACUUAUAAGACAUAAUAGCUAUUUACGGUCGCGUUGUAUAAAAUUUUACCGGUAAUUUUAUGGAAAAUCGGCUGUUUUUAUGUAAUUUUGUUUUGUUUAAGGGGACGCAUAUUGCUACAUUCACAGUUCAUACAGCAAUGCGGAAGGGGUGCAUAUUCAAGAAAUCGAUGGUAGGAAAAUAAAAAACAUAUUCCUAAACUGAUAUAAUACUGAUGGACACCUGUAAUAUUCAGUAUUUUGUGGAUAAGGAUGUGGUACUAUGAAUGUAAUAGGAAAACAGAGGUCUUUGUGAAAGUACAUUCAACACAAAAUAUUAAUAUAAGAAAAAUACAGGUUUUUUACAAUAACAGUAUUCCAAAUAAUGUUGAAGGGAUGAGAUUUUCUUUCUAACACACCAGGUUUGCUUAAACAUGUAAAAAUUUAACGCCACGUCUGUUCAUCUCGGGAUGGACGCCAUAUUUCUCAUUGAUAAAAAAUGUAAACAAAAAAAUCAGAGUGGGAUUAGCAUUGCAAGGGCAUAACAUGACAUUCUACACAAUGAAUACCUUAGAACAGAUAUCUAAGAUGCUACACAGGUCAGGCGGGUUAAAUGCAUAAUGUCGAUCACUUGAAAUUCAUCUUGAAAAGGCGGUUAAUUUUAGUUUGUUUACAUGGUUUUUAGUUUUCCCACGACUUCUCGGCGAUUCACUGCAAAUGUAUUACUGCGCCGGACGAAAGGUAACUCUAAUAAACAACGGGAGACAACUUAGGUGUCAGCACGUGUACGAUUUUUAAAAAAACAUGUCGAUGAUUAUAAUUUCUUAUCAAAUAAUGAAUCCUAUUCAGAUAUUCGUCUUUAAUAUUAGAAAAUUAUUAAUUUCUGUGGACAUUUGUCAAAUAAUAUACUUACAGUGGACUACUUUGCGCAUCAAACUGGUUUCCGCUUCAGUUGUGAGGCACUUCCGUUAUACUUUUUGACAACAAUAACAAAACACAAAAUGAAUCAAUAAAGUCACUUAUAAACCGACUGCUACUUAAAUCAGUGUAAGUAAAGUUGUUGUUACAACAUUAUACAUGUUCGUUACGAUAUGAGAUAAAGUUUAUCUUGAACUGCAUAAUCCAUUAAUUACGUUUAGAUGAUACUGCAUUUACAACUUAUUUGACCCCGUUUUUUUACGUGAAUGACAGCAUUCUCGUGCAACUCGUGCAAACAGAGUUAUGAAAAGUAUGGUGGAGAAUUCAAGGACAAAUUAUAAAUGACAUUAAAGUGAGGAUAACUGUAUAUUCGUCCAGUUUUGAUCAUUGACAUUCCUGCUGUUUAUUAGUAACUUUUGUGAACAAGAUUAGAAUGUUGCUUUUGCACAUAUACACAUUGAUUGGACCUCUCAACCAAAUUUCAUACCUUAUUUUAGGGAUUUUUAAGACAAUACAUUUUCAAAAGUUUGUUGAAUGUGUUUUGAUAUUUAAGUGCAUUGUAGUUCAUGAAUACCAAGUUAAAAAUUAAUAAUGGCAACAUUUCUAGGCCUUUAUUGUAAGCCACUAGACUUCUGUAACGAUAAAUGUUUAAUGUAUUAAGGGGAAUAUACUCUUUUAGUUUUGUAAUGUGGCAUUCCUUGACCACCGUAUCUUUUCUUAUGAACUACUUUUAAACAAACUAAAUAAUGUGUUUUAGCUCACAUAUGCGAAAUGAAAAGCAAGACAGUGAACUUAUUUCACAUUCUUUCUUUAAAUUAGAAUCUGUAGGACAUUGAUAAAUGUUUAGACAAAGUGAAGCACUAUUAUUUUCGCACCAAAAAGUCUUAAUUGUUGACUUUGAAUGUACACAAGAAGUCUUACGUAAUUCAACAAUAACUUUCUUGUUUCAGGUUUUCUCAUUUUUAUUUUAGUGAGCAAUCCUUUGUGUACUUAAAACAGUUGAAACAGUAUUCAUUUCAUUUACCAAAACUUUGUACUUUUUUGCAGGUAAAUUUUAUAAUACCCCACCCACUUUUUUCUAAUUUCAAAGUAUGCGUCCCCUUAAUGCUAUUAUCUUGAUGGAAAUGCCGCGAUAUUCUAGCUACAUCUAUCUUUUAUAGAUGUUGAAAGUUUGAAGCAAAUCUAUUUGGUAUUAAAAGCUCUACACGCGUUUCCUGUGUAUGGGACACCUAAUUUUCGCAGUAUGAUUCUUAAAUAAAAUUAACCUGUUUACCUGUUUUCGGUUGCCUGUUUACUGUACGUCUUCACUACUGGAUUUUCCUAUGGUGGCUUCUUUCUUAUACCUAUUACCCUGUUCUUUAUGUUGUUUAUGCCACCAUAGGUCCCUAACAUCUAUUUACAAGUGCUGGCCUAACUUUUCUUUUAAAUAAUUUUGCUGCCUGUGUUUACUAUUUGAUUACAUAUAGUUAUUUCUUAUUAAAGUUUUAUUGCCUUUGUUUCUAUUCUAUGUAAAACAUGUUGAAAUUGAAUAAAAUUUGGUUAAAACUGUUAAAACUAGCUAAAAUUUGACAAAAUCAGAGUCGGCCUUUGCCGAAAAACGAAAACACAAAGACUCUUAUUUCUGAUUUUUAUUUUACCUAAAGUUUUAAUAAAAUCUAGUUAUAAAAAUAUAUUUAAAACUAAUUUAGUAAAAACAGGUGACCAUCCUUGCCGAAAUGUAAAGUGGUUGCAAGGAUAUGUCUCCUAGUUUUAAAAUCAUUGUUUAAAAUUAGCCUAGAUAUGGCUUAAAAUUACGUAUAUGUUUAGAAUCAGAAUAAUUUAAAAGAUACUGGUUGCUAAGAUAGUAUUUGGCCUUUUUAUUAUAUUAUAUAGAACAAUAAAAAUGACAUAUGUAUAUAUACAUUUUAACUUACUAUAAUAUAAAGUAAUAUAAUAGAAAUUAUAAUAUUAAAACCUC